AUGACCACACAGCUAGAGCCUGUUCCACUGGAUGACUACCAUGUUAAUGUGACCACACAGCCAUUAAAUGUUUCACUGGAUGACUACCAUGUUAAUGUAACCACACAUCCAGGAAAUGUUCCACUGGUUGACUACCAUAUUAAUGCAACCAGACUGCUAGGUCCUGUUCCACUGGAUGGCUACCUUGUUAAAGUGACCACACUGCCAGGAAAUCCAGGAAAAGUUCCACUGGUUGACUACCAUGUUAAUGUAACCACACAGCUAGGAAAUGUUCCACUGGUUGACUUCCAUGUUAAAGUGAUCACACAGAUAGGGCCGGUUCCACUGGAUGACUACAAUGUUAAUGUAACCACCCAGCCUGCAAAUGUUCCACUGGAUGACUACUUUGUUAAAGUAACCACACAGCCAGCAAAAGGUCCACUGGAUGACUACCAUGUUAAUGCCACAACACAGCUAGGAAAUCUUCCAUUGGAUGACGACCAUGUUAAGGUGACCACACAGCCAGGAAAUUUUCCACUGGAUGACUACCAUUUUAAUGUGACCAAACAGCCAGAGAAUGUUCCAUUGGAUGACUACCAUGUUAAUGUAACCACACAGCGAGGAAUGUUCCACUGGAUGACUACCUUGGUCAUAUGA